AAACAAGUCCAACCGUAAGUAAGACAUAUGAAGUUUCGGAGGUACUUGAACGAUUUGAACCACAAAUAUAUGUCCAAACUUCUUUCAUUACAUAAACGUCGUGGUUGAGGAGGAUGAAGUGAUACAUUUCGCGAGAAUGGAGGGGGAUGAGAUGGAGAUGAGCAAAGAGGAGCUCCAGAGGUGGAUCAGAGCGAAGGUGAAGAACAGUUGUCUCAUCUGCCCAGAUGUGCUGAAGAAAGGCAACGCGCUGCAGUUGCUGCUGGAACGGAGAGAGAAGCAGGCCGCCAGACUCCUGAAGCUCUGCGAGUCUGUGGCAGCGUGUGAAGUGAUCGUGAAGAAACAAUACUCUUUGCUGGGAUUGGAGUACAGAGACACAGACUCUGAUGACGAUGAUAAAAGCAGUGGCUGUGGACAUCUACCUCCAUCCCCAUGUGAGUCUACUCACUCCGAGACUCAAGUACGCUUUUCUCCAGCUGCUAACAGCCGUACUACUCUGGUACCAAAGAGACCGGACAGUGAGAAUCUGAAUAGACAUAAUCCAAAAAAAAGUUUAAUGAAGAGACCAGUGGUGGUCUUGACCAGACUGCCUGAAUGGAGGAUCAGUGCUCUGUGUCCACUAACACCUCCAAACUACAGUGAAGGGGAAGUCUUUGGCGAUUCAGAUUGUGACCAGCAGUGGGAACCAGUUGAUGACCCGAGAAAUUCUGACUUUUCUGUCACAAGUCUUAAUUCUGGGCCGAAAAAGAGGAGAAAAAUGCAUCAAAAGUUGAAAGAAAAAGUUUCCAGCGGUCAUGAAACACACCUGGCCACCAUUAAUACUGACCCUAAGAGCAGUGCAGCACAAACAUCCGCACCGCUAGCUGGGAAACCUACUGAAGCUGAGGAAAAUUCAACAAAAACAUUGAAACCGCCUGCAAACACCAAAGGAGAAGCUUCUUUGUGCAUAAUAUCAGCUUCAAGCCAAGCCCCUAGCCAAGCCACAGAGGACCCUCCCAGGGUGCCACAAGGGGAGGUCAGUAUGAACAUGACUGUCCUGGCUAGGAGGAGGGCCAUGAGCUGGCAACGGGGGAAAAUCAUGGAAAUACUAUCAAAGGAAGAUGGUAGGUUGAAAUACAAAGUUAAUUUCGAAGGGAAGAAGAAGAGCCUCGUGUCCGGCCACCACAUCGCCUUCGUCACCUCGCCGAAUGUUGAGCAUCUGUUUGUCGGGGCUCGUGUGGUGGUCAAGUGUGACGCUGAGCAGCGGCACUUCUGCCCUGCUGUCCUGGCAGAGCUCGCCUGCAAGAAAAACCAACAUAGGUUCCUGGUCUUCAUUGAUGACCAAACUCCGGUGUACGUCACCUUAUAUUCUAUCCGCCUGGUCUGCAGACCAUUGGCGGACCCUUUGGACGAUAUUGUAGACGACACCCACAGGAAUUUCAUGAAGGAGUACAUGAAAAGUUGGCCUUUCCAGCCCCUGACCCAGUUCCUGGAGGGAAAGGUAAUUAAUGCAGAAUAUAAUGGCUUCCAGCAGGAGUGUACAGUGCUGGAGAUCGACUGCAGCUUGGUACAGGUCAUUUUUCAGGAUGAUCAACAUAGGGAGUGGCUCUACCGAGGCUCCUCUCGCUUGGAACGCGUAAUUAUUAUGAAGCAGCAGAUGGAGUUGAAAAAGGCGGCGGGUCAGAAGAAUUCACCUACCUCAGGCAACUAAUUGCCAAAUUCAGAGCCAAAUAGCCCUUCACAGCCCAGCGAUGUUCGUGUGGGCUUGACUGGGAUCAGAGAUGAGACUCGCAGGUGCUAAUGGAGGUUCUGCCUGGCUGGAGAACCCCAAAACUGUCCAACUAUCUUGAAUCCACUUGAAUAAUUUGUUCAUAAGCAUCUUUGUAUUUAUUAUAUGUUUUUGUGCACUUAAAUGAAAAAAAAAAGGAUUGUCCCUUUUUAACUCAAAACUGUUGAGUUCAGCUAAAACAAAACUACAAACUGUGGAAUUCUAUUUUGAAGAAAAUGAAGUAGUUCGACAUAAAUCACGGUAAAUUAAAGUUAUGAAAGAAUUAAAAAAAAUUUACUUACUCAAGUC